GCCAUGUCCAACCUGGUUCUCCAGGCGGACCGUCGAUUCAUCACGCGCCGAGGUGAUGAUAGUACUGGUGAUCCUGAGUCACUUGCUGGCCGCAUCAACUUGAACGAUAUGGGCUCGCGCAAUGCCCGCGAAUCUGCCCCUGCUCAGUCCGCAGCACAGGACGCCCAAAGGAAGCGCAAGAGAACAGAACCCGCGCAAAGUGCUCGCGCCUCUGGCAUUCUAUCACAAGCAGACCUCAACAUCGAAGGUCUACGAUACCGUCCCCGCACACCUGCCACCCAGGCGACCUACACAUUGAUCAACACAUUAGUGGCGCAAAAGAUGGGAGGCGAUUAUGGUCUUCACAUCACCGCCAGCGCUACCGACAGCAUUUUAGAGUACCUGAAAGACCAAGAUCUGAAAGAUUUUGAUAAGAAGAGGGAGAUUGACGACAUCGUUGGCGUAAACCUGUCCUCGAAGGAGUUCAACGAGCUUGUCAACUUGGGCAAGAAGAUCACGGAUUACGACGCACAGGACGAGGAUGAGAACAUGGGGGACGCAGAUGAUGCCGGUGAAGGCGACGAUAUUGAUGACCGCCAAGGCGUCGCCGUCGACUUUGGCGACGAGGACGAGGAAGAAGGACAAAAUUACGAGGUCCGCGAUGGAGAGGGAGAGUCAGAUGAGGAAGACGCUACCGAGGAUCCGGAGAACAUAGUUGAAACUGGCGCUGAAGCUGCCGAAGAGAUGGCCGGCGAUGGAGAUGAUGAGGACCUUGUUUUCUCCGCUCCGACUGCCAGUCGUUCUGCAAAGGCCGACCAAGACGACAUAAUACCCGCUCACGAAAUCGAUGCUUUCUGGCUCCAACGACAAAUCGGUCAACUCUACGAAGACGCACAUAUUCAACAGGACAAAACAUCACAAGCACUAGAUAUGAUGUCUGGCCUGAAUGAGGAUGGCGAGGAGAAGCAACUGCGAGAUGUCGAGAACGAUUUGAUGGAGCUGUUCGAUUACGAGCAUCCCGAGCUGGUCUCGAAGCUGGUCAAGAACAGAGAUAAGGUUGUAUGGGCAACGAGGUGGAGAAGAGCCGGCGAGGAUGAACCUGCUCGUGUGGCCGUGGAACGUGAAAUGGUUCAGGCUGGACACGGAAGCAUCCUCAAGGAGCUCAAAACUCGCCAGCAAGGUGCCGAAGGACAAGCUCAGAACAAGAUGCAAUUCGACCUCAUGGAUCUGGACACAGCGAGUGGAAAAGCUGCCGCUGCUGAAGAAAAGAAAGAGGGUCUCGUUGGCGGCCUACAACCAAGCAGGAACAUCAACCUGGAGAACCUUGUCUUCGACCAAGGAAACCAUCUCAUGACUAACCCUAGCGUCAAGUUACCACAAGGAUCCACUAAGCGCACUUUCAAGGGAUAUGAUGAAAUUCAUGUACCAGCACCUAAGCGCAAGCGCGAGGACUUCGAAACCCCCAACCUUCCUACAACCGAGUUGCCCGAAUGGGCUCGCAUUGGAUUUGGAAGUUCCAAGGAGCUCAACCGUAUUCAGACACGCUGCUUCCCAACCGCGUUCAAGGACGAUGGUAAUAUGCUGAUUUGCGCACCCACCGGAUCUGGUAAAACGAACGUGGCUAUGCUCGCGAUGCUGCGCGAGAUUGGCAAGCACCGUGAUCCCCAGACUGGCGAGAUUGAUUUGGACGCUUUCAAGAUCAUCUUCAUUGCUCCCCUCAAAGCCUUGGUUCAGGAACAGGUCGGAAACUUUGGUGCACGUCUCGCACCAUACGGCAUCAAGGUCUCGGAGCUGACGGGUGAUCGUCAACUCACCAAGCAACAAAUCGCCGAAACCCAGGUCAUCGUGACAACCCCAGAGAAAUGGGAUGUUAUCACACGCAAGGCCACCGACACCAGCUACACAAAUCUUGUGCGCCUAAUCUGUAUUGAUGAGAUUCACUUGCUUCACGAUGAUCGUGGCCCGGUAAUUGAGAGCAUUGUGAGCAGACAGAUUCGCAAGAUCGAGCAGACUGGUGAGCCGGUUCGUCUCGUGGGACUCAGUGCCACUCUGCCUAACUACCGCGAUGUCGCUGCUUUCUUGAGAGUCGACAUGAACAAAGGUCUCUUCCAUUUCGACGGCACUUACAGACCUUGUCCCUUGAAGCAGGAGUUCAUUGGCGUCACUGAGAAGAAGGCGAUCAAGCAGCUCAAGACCAUGAACGACAUCUGUUAUAACAAGGUUCUUGAGCAAGUUGGUCAACAGCGCAACCAAAUGCUAAUCUUCGUGCACUCCCGCAAGGAGACCGCAAAGACAGCAAAGUAUAUUCGUGACAAGGCUCUCGAAUCUGAGACCAUUGGUCAAAUCUUGAAGAGCGAUGCAGCGAGCAGAGAGAUUCUGACAGAGGAAGCUGAGAGUGUCACUAAUGCAGAUUUGAAGGACUUGCUUCCUUACGGUUUCGGUAUCCAUCACGCUGGUAUGACUAGAGCGGACCGUAACUCUGUCGAAGAGCUGUUCGCUGCAGGAGAUGUUCAAGUACUUGUGUGCACAGCCACCCUUGCCUGGGGUGUCAAUUUACCAGCACAUACAGUCAUCAUCAAGGGUACCCAAAUCUAUUCGCCAGAGAAGGGUAGCUGGGUUGAGUUAUCUCCUCAGGACGUCCUCCAGAUGCUUGGUCGCGCCGGUCGCCCACAAUACGACACUUACGGUGAAGGUAUCAUCAUCACUACUCAGCAAGAAAUCCAGUACUACCUGUCAUUGCUGAAUCAGCAGCUGCCCAUUGAGAGUCAGCUUGUCAGCAAGAUGGCAGACAACCUCAAUGCCGAAGUUGUGCUCGGCAAUGUCCGUACUCGCGAUGAGGGUGUCGAGUGGCUAGGCUACACAUAUCUGUUUGUGCGAAUGUUGCGAUCGCCCGCCCUCUACCAGGUUGGUGCCGACUACGAAGACGAUGAAACUCUUGAACAGAAGCGAGUCGAUUUGAUCCAUUCUGCUGCUCUAUUGCUGGAGCAGGCGAAUCUUGUCAAGUACGAUAAACGUGCAGGCCGAAUUGUGUCUACAGAGCUUGGUCGGAUCGCGUCACACUACUACAUCACUCACAAGUCGAUGUUGACUUACAACCAGCAAAUCCAGCCGUCGAUCACACCUAUCGAGCUGUUCCGUGUCUUCGCCCUCAGCGAAGAGUUCAAGUACAUUCCCGUUCGUCAAGACGAGAAACUUGAGCUUGCGAAACUGCUUGGACGAGUACCGAUUCCUGUCAAGGAGACUAUUGAUGAACCCAAUUGCAAGAUCAAUGUUUUGCUUCAGGCGUACGUGUCUCGUCUCAAAUUGGAUGGCCUUGCUCUUAUGGCCGACUUGGUUUACGUUACACAAUCCGCCGGUCGUAUCCUGAGAGCUAUCUUCGAGAUCGCUCUCAAGAAGGGUCUAGCCUCUGUUGUCAAGGAUGCCUUGAACCUCUGCAAGAUGGCCGAGAAGCGCAUGUGGCCAACCAUGUCACCUCUCAGACAGUUCCCAGAGUGUCCUGCGGAUAUUGUCCGUAAGGCCGAGCGUAUUGACGUGCCGUGGUCGAGCUACUUUGACCUUGAUCCUCCUCGCAUGGGCGAGCUUCUCGGUCUCCCUAGGGCUGGUAGACAAGUCUGCGCCUUGGUCCAGAAAUUCCCUCGUUUGGAAAUUCAGGCCCAAGUUCAGCCCAUGACACGCACUAUGCUCCGUGUUGAGCUUACGAUCUCACCCAAAUUCGAAUGGGAUGAAGCACUUCACGGCAAGUCCGAGAGCUUCUGGAUUCUUGUAGAAGACUGUGACGGAGAAGAGAUCUUGUUCCAUGAUCAGUUUGUUCUGCGUAAGGAGUACGCCGAGGCCGAUAUGAAUGAGCAUCUGGUCGAGUUCACCGUGCCCAUCACCGAGCCCAUGCCUCCCAACUACUUCAUCACUAUCCUGUCCGACAGAUGGAUGCACUCCGAAGCUCGUCUUGCCGUGUCUUUUCAGAAGCUCAUCCUCCCUGAGAAGUUCCCUCCUCACACCCCAAUCUUGGAUCUCCAGCCUCUUCCCAUCGCUGCCCUCAAGCGUGAAGAGUUUGUCAACCUCUACCCUGACUGGGAGCGUUUCAACAAGAUUCAGACCCAGACGUUCAACGCCUUGUACACCUCCGAUGAUAAUGUGCUCGUUGGCUCGUCUACUGGCAGUGGCAAGACCGUCUGUGCCGAGUUUGCUCUUCUUCGUCACUGGAGUCAAGGAGAAGGUAAGGCAGUCUACAUUGCACCUUUCCAAGAAGCGAUUGAUGCUCGCUACAAGGACUGGCAAUCUCGCUUGACUGGCAUUGCUGGUGGCAAGCAAAUUGUCAAGUUGAUUGGCGAGACUACUGCUGAUCUCAAGUCACUCGGAGAGGGCGAUCUUAUCCUCGCCACCCCUCAGCAGUGGGACAUGAUGUCUCGUAUGUGGCAACGCAGAAAGAACGUCCAGGCCGUGACACUCGUUGUGGCAGACGAUCUUCACAUGAUUGGAGGCCACAAUGGCUACAUUUACGAGACUGUGGUCUCUCGAAGCCACGCAAUCAGUAAGCAACUCGAGAAUGGUCUUCGUAUCGUUGGUUUGAGCGCUUCGCUCUCCAAUGCUCGCGACGUUGGUGAAUGGUUUGGAGCUAGCAAGCACACCAUCUUCAACUUCAGCCCCCAGCACCGCCAGAUCCCUCUCGAGCUCCACAUCCAGCCAUUCACCAUCCCUCAUUUCCCAUCUCUCAUGUUGGCUAUGGUCAAGCCUGUCUACCAGUCUAUCACACAGCUUGCUGCCGGUCAACCUGCUAUGGUCUUUGUUCCCAACCGCAAACAGGUGCGAGCAACUGCCAUAGACUUACUAGCAACGUGUGUCGCCGAUGAGCAGGAAGAUCGCUUCCUCAAUGCCAACAUCGAAGAUAUCUCCUCUGUCUUGGAGAAGAUAAACGAACGUGCUCUCGCCGAGUCUCUGUCGCACGGAAUCGGAUACUUCCACGAGGCCCUCAGUCCGUUCGAUAAGCGUGCCGUGGAGCACUUCUUCAAGGCUGGCGCUAUCCAGGUCAUGCUCGUGUCAAGAGACUGCGCUUGGGAGGUCCAGACUCCUGCUCACAUGGUGAUUGUGAUGGGCACCCAAUUCUUCGAGGGACGUGAGCAUCGCUACAUCGAUUACCCAAUCAGUGAGAUCUUGCAAAUGCUCGGCAAGGCUGGUAGACCCAUGGAAGACAAGAAGGCACGAGGUGUGUUGAUGUGUCCUGCUGUCAAGAGAGACUACUACAAGAAGUUCUUGACCGAGGCCCUUCCCGUUGAGAGUCAGUUGCAAGCCUUCUUGCAUGACGUCUUCGUCACCGAAAUCAGCACAAAGACGAUCGAGGACACUCAAGAUGCAAUCAACUGGUUCACCUACACAUACUUCUACCGUCGUCUAAUGGCCAACCCCAGCUUCUAUGGUCUUACCGACACGACUCAAGAUGCAUUCAACUACCAUCUCUCCGAGCUCAUCGAAUCUACUCUCAAGGAUUUGACUGAUGCAAACAUCAUUGAGGUUGAUGAAGAGGACGAUGGUUCGAUCACCCCUCUUAAUGCUGCCAUGAUUGCUGGCUACUACAACAUUUCCUUCAUCACCAUGCAGACCUUCCUGCUGUCACUGAAGAAGACUACCAAGCUGAAGGGUAUACUGGAGAUUGUCACUGCAGCCACCGAAUUCGAAGACAUUCAAUGUCGCCGUCACGAGGAGCGUAUUCUGUCCCGCAUUUAUGACCGCGUGCCCGUCAAGCUUGCGGAAGUCAACUUUGAGUCGCCUCACUUCAAGGCUUUCAUCUUGUUGCAGGCACACUUCUCGCGCAUGCAACUACCAGUCGAUCUUGCCAAGGAUCAAGAGCUGAUCCUCAAGAAGGUCUUGGUCUUGCUGAGCGCUUGUGUAGAUGUACUGUCUUCGGAGGCCCAUCUUAACGCCAUGAGCGCCAUGGAGAUGAGCCAGAUGGUUGUGCAGUCAAUGUGGGACCGCGAUUCACCUCUCAAGCAGAUUCCUCACUUUGAGCCUGAGGUCAUCGAAGCUGCCAACAGCAAUGGCGUCAACGACAUCUUCGAGUUCAUGGAUGCUAUGGAUCCUUCCGAGAACCCCAACUACGAGAAGUUGGUCAAGUCAAUGGGUCUCAGCAACCAACAGCUGGGCGACGCUGCUCGUUUCACCAAUGAGCGCUACCCCAACGUUGAACUCAACUUCGAGCUCGAAGAUGCCGAGAACGUUGUCGCUGGCGAACCUAGCUUCAUCAAUGUCAGCAUUGAGCGUGAUGUUGACGAAGAUCAAGAGCCUAACCUUACUGUUCACGCUCCCUUCUACCCUGCGCAGAAGACCGAGAACUGGUGGCUCGUUGUUGGCGAGGAGAGCACGAAGAAUCUGCUCAGCAUCAAGAAGGUCACUAUUGGUCGUGAGCUCAAGGUUCGCUUGGACUUCACCGUGCCCACAGCUGGCAAGCAUGACUUGACUUUGUUCUUGAUGAGCGACUCGUACGUUGGUGUGGAUCAGGCACCCACCUUCAGCGUAGAGGCAGCCGAGGGUGAGGAAGAAGACGAGGAUGAAGAGAUGGAGGAAUGAGUCGUUUGGUACAAAGCGAAAGGUGUUUUACUUGGCCGCUGCGGGGUCUCGAAGGAAAUGUGAUAAAGUUGGAAAAAAGUAGAGUUCGUUCAUAAUCCCUGAAUUUCAAAGCGCUGUGUACAUUAUUGCAACUCAUGCUCCUCUCGGUCACACCAUGGUUGGUCUUCGUGCAAGAAUGAUGGUUCGUGCUUUCCCCUCAAUGACAAGCAGCGCUCUUGGUCACAGUGGAGUUGCCAAAUGCCAAAUAUCCUACGAAAGCACCCACACCGACAGCCAACAUGAUCCAGCCGUUAUAUGUCAUGAAAAGCAACCUGAUGAAGAAUGAAUAAAAGACCUGAACGGCGUAAAAAGCAGCCUUGAUAGUCUUUGUUUUCGCAUACACAUUGGCAGCAUUACGUCCUGAUGCGAGCAAUGAGCUUCCUUCCCCAUCAUC